AAUUGUUUUACUUUAACACACUGCAGUGCUGGGAACAGGUGGCGCUACAGUUGUUGAUACAUUAGAAUUCUUAAUCACUUAAAAUCUAAUGUCGAAUAGGUCUCUUCUCAGGGGUGCUAAUGAAGACACAUAACGAAGACACUGAAGUGGAUCUAGCCAACGACGUGCCAGUGCGUUUCUUUACUGUAAUAAUUAUCAAACUCUCAAAUCAGCAUGAAAUAAAUCAGAUCAAAUGAUUCAUUUGGAUGCUGGAAACAUGCUCCCAUCAAAGUCUGACUCAAAAGAUAAGUCAUCCAGGUGGGGUGGGAGGGUCUCCAGCCUGUGUCUGCUCUUCUUUUUUGAAUUUUAUCCAAAAACUUAGCGCAUGUUGCAGAUGAGACGAGGUUGUCAUGUUUCUAACUCCAGGCUGUGCAGCCAGAUCUCCUCUGGAACAGCCGACAAGUCCCGUCAUGUCGAGGAAGAGCCUGUCAGGCUGCGCAGGUAUCACACACAGACCAGUUACCCGACAGACGUGCGCGGGACUCCAACACCUCGUCUGUGCUCAUUCCUACAGGUGAUGUUCCGGUUUGAAGAUGAGCCACACGCUAAGGAUUAACUGACGGUGAUACGAAGACUUCCGUGGAUACAGAAGAAACGUGCUGUAAUCUGCUCCACCGCAUCUGCAGAGAUGUCGAUGAGAACGUCGCUGCACAGAAAACACCAGUCAGCUCGUUGGCCAAGCAGAGAUGCCAAGCACAGAGACAUUCUUUCUGUCGACAUGAUUAGCCUUCCGCUGGCCGAUUUCCGCCACAUCACGCACAUUGGCAAUGACGCCAAUACUGACAGCUUCGGAGACCUGUCCAUCCUAAAAAAGGGCCACAGCCUGCUUCUGCAAAGCUUCCAGAGCGAGCAGAACGUCUUCCUGUCCUGCUCACCGCCGCCCAAGCCUCCUCGUCUCAAACUGGAUGAGACUGAGCCUUCAAAGGGCCCCAAUUGGACGGUGAGUCCCCAGCGCAGCACUUCAUGUAGGACAACAAAUUGCACCUCAAUGCCACUGCUGGACAACAAAGGCGGCAAGAAAGAUAUGGAAAAGGAGGUUGCAGGUCAUAGAGGGGAUCCUGCUGGUAGUCUUCAGAGUCCUACAAAUGGUACUCUAAGUUCAGGGAUGAACGGAGAGUCUACAGUAACCCCUGACAAAAUUGAUGGACAUCAGGACGAGGACACAUGCUUUUCAUUCAGCCUUGACCUGGGGCCUUCCAUCCUGGACGAUGUUCUCCAGGUGAUGGACAAGCUCCACUAUUAAACUACGAGAGACAUCAGAAAAACAGCCUGUCAGUGAUCCUGAGAACCAAACAGGGACAGUCCAGUCCUGAUGUUCCCAAUCAUUUAAAACAAAGCAUCUCUAAAGGGUAACAACAGGAACCUGUAUUUGGAAGAGUCAAAAAGUUUGGAUCUAAAUGACACAAAACACACAGGUGCAGUUAAGUUCACGUUGACUCAAUAUUACUUUUUUUUUUAAAAGCAUUUUACACAUUCCAGCCCUGAAAUCAGUUUGGUGACGGUCACAUCAGCCUUCCACAAAUCACAACCAGGUUCUCACUCCUGAUCCUGGUGGGUGAGAUUUACCAAGAAACCGGACAUUUUCAAAAUAAACUACCUUGCUGUUCAUUUCACGACCACAACGGAUCGUACAAACGCCUUUUCAGUAAGUCAUUUAGGAUGUGGGUAGAGACAGCCCAGCAGCUUCCAAUCAGGAUCAGAGGUCAUGUCGUGGUCACUGUCAUCGUCACAGUAUGUUUAAUGGUGGUUUUGUGUGUCAAUCAUUAAUUUAUGGGAAAAAUUAAAGGGGUUGUGACAGAUGUCCAUGUGGGUGUCAUUGAGUUAGGCACAUUUGAAAUGUCUACAAACAAAUGGUAAAUGGACUGCAUUUAUAUAGCGCUUUUCUAUCUGCAUCAGACGCUCAAAGCGCUUUACAAAUAAUGCCUCACAUUCACCCCGAUGUCAGGGUGCUGCCAGAAGUCUUUCACUGAUUUUGACCUUUUGACCCCAAAAGCAAUAGGCUUCUUUCCGUGACACAUACAGAGUUUAGUGACGAUGAGGUCAUUAGGCAAGAUGAUAUUGCACUCAAGGUAAUUUACAAUGUACACUCCCUCCCCAGUGACCUUUGACUUUUAGAGCCCCAAAUCAACAGGGUUCUUGGGGCCAAUAUACUGGACACUAAUACCAAGUUUGAUAACCACGGGAAUCACUACGCAGAAUGCAUGGACCAACUCUGAUGACAAUCAUGUCAGUACAGCUGAAGUCAUUUUGCUCACAUGAAAUAUCGUGUGACAGCAUAGUAACCAAAAUACUGCUGAAAUGCUGAACCUGAAUGGGACAUUAACAAGGAGAAAAAAAGUCAACAUGAUGCAGAGAUGAAGUUUAAUUAAGCUUCUGUUACAAAACACUAGUUUUAAAUGCCUGUUACUUACAUCUCUGCGAUGGAUGUUUUUGGAAAAGGGAAAAAAAAAAAAACCUUGCAAUGCAUGGACUUGAACUUUGGUGAAAAGGUAGUCUCAAGGUCACAAUACUAAUUAUUAAAAUUUUGACUAUAUCCAGAUUUUCCAGGUGUAAAAAAAAAAAAAAAAAAAAAUCAUUCCUCCUGGGUCAAAUGUUAUUUAGAGUUUGGUGAAACAGCGCCCCCUUCACAGGCCCCUCAGCACUAUUACAGCUGGACAACCAGAAGACUCUGGACCUUUAAGGUUCCAUUCUGUUUCUUUGUUUGGCAGAUUUUAUGCAUAAAGAAGAAAAACAAAAAGCACAUAAAGCAGCACUCUUCAUGUUCUGCACUAUUCCAAACAUAACGGUGCGCGGGCAGCACCUCCGGCUUCACGGAUGUAAAUCUACUCCACCUCAAACACUGGGAAGAUUCUGUCUCAAUGGGUUUUCUUUUUAUUUUGUUUAUGAGAGAGUCACAAAUAAGAUGCAUGGCUUUAUGCCGCGUGCAGAGAACGGCACGGUGUAACCGGCAUGCACAGACGCUAAAACCCGAGCUGGACCCUCUUUACUGGCUGUUACAAUCCCCCGGGCGUCUGUGCACAGAGCCGACGACGGCUGUUAAGACUUAAGAGUGUUGUGUUUAAGGAAAGCAAAGCUGCGGCUGCAGUCCAAGGUCCUCGAGCUGUGGUGUCUUGGCUCUCGGCGUGCUUGCCAAUCCAUUGUGUGCAGAGGGCAAUUUUUCCUCCGCACGCAUCCCAGAGGCCCCACUCAAAGGUAGACCAAGGUACCCCCCCCAUCUCUCAUUCCCAACAACGCAGCGAAAACAAACACUUAGCUCUGCUUCCAAUAAAAGCCAGCCAGCGGUGGCAGGUUGGGCUGGAAACCAAGCUAAGCCACAGGUCCAAGACCUCAGAGAGAAGCGCCAAAGAAGCUUGUUUUCUUAGCUGCAAAUCAGACGCCACCACUCACCAGAGCGGCGCACAAGAAGUGGAGAGUGGUAAAGGGUAAGGCGAUACUUCCACAUGCACGGGGGGGGGGCGUCGAGGGAGGACGACCAGAGACGUCCAUUACUCCAGCUAAAUGUCUGAUGAGCGUUUAAACAUUACCUUCUGAGCCAAAAAACCCAGACACGCGAGAAACACACACACACACACACAGUGAGAUUUGUACUUGUACAGACAAUCUAGGCUAUUUCCCUGCAGCCUGGGGGGGGGGGUAUCGUCUGCCAGGAAGUAUCCCAUGGAAUUCCAAAGCCUCUUGCGGGUCACGAACCACAAGUGUCUGGCCUUCAGCAGUAGACGUCUAUGUUUGACCGAACACAAGAACGAUGUCAGUAGGCCGUAUCUGCUAUGGAUUUUUUUUUUUUUUUUUUUAAAUGGCAAGACAUUGUGAAAUACUUUUAAGAAAGUAAACGUCUUUCAAAUUCCAGGAACUGUGGUAUUGUGGACAGAAUCGCUCACACUGACAUUUUUUGAGUCCUUGUUUAAAAUGGGUUAUACACCAUGAUGGACUGACAUUUCUUUUGUGUUUUAAAAGUUAGGAGCCUGCCCGCGGACACGGUAAGUCUCAUCGGCCACGAUCCUGAGUUCUACCGACAGGAUCAAAAAUUAGAAUUUGUGAACAGGUACAGACAAUAUUACUUAAAUGGAUAAACAAACUUACCUUUCUCACCAUUUUUGCUGUUUUUACACCAUAAUAUUCAGUCAUACAGAUAGUUCAAACUAUACCUUUUUGAAAUCUGUAUGAUCACACAAACAAUGUGUUGUACUUUUUAAUAUGAUUGGAGCAUUUUUAAAUUUUGACUCCUGUGUAAUUCUUCACUGAUCCCCAGCUGCCACCCUGGAUGGCCACCAUACAUUUGUCUGAGUCAUGGUGCACUGAGGCUGGAUUAUAAGUAGUCCCCUUAAAUGGUCCCAAAAACCUGCUCGGUUCCAUGGACUAGAUCAGGAAUAAGACUUCUGAUUUGCUCCCAGUAUAAAAUUUAAGAACAAUUUCCACCAAUAUCAACAGAAACUCAUUCAAAAACAGAAAACAACAGCAAAAGUUGCAGAUUAGGAGCAAUUUUACAUGUUAGUAAUUUGGUCUUUACCAAACAUUACAGCUGCUGCUGCCUUUUUGCUCAGUGUCACCACUCAAAGGACAAUAUCUGCAAUGACGACAUUCUCACCACAAAAA